AUGGAUGAUUUCGAUGAAAAUGUGGGAUUAAAAGCUCGCCAAAAAUAUUUAAGUGCUGGUAAAUCUAUUGAUCUUAUUGGACACCUGCACUGUGAUGUUUUUAACCAGGACAAAUUUCUUAUCAAUGGUGUGAAAUUGAGGCUACGACUAGUACGCUCAAAAGAUUUAUUCUGUCUUAUGGAUGGCACAAAUGGCUGUAGUAUAAAUAUUGAGGAAGCCUCACUAGUUGUGGGUCGAGCAAAAAUUAGUCCCGGUAUUCUAUUAGCUCAUGCAAAAGCUCUAUCUCAUGGUACUGCAAAAUAUCCUAUUACACGUGUCGAGGUGAAAGCUUUGACUCUACACUCAGGCGUUCACUCUGAAACGCUUGAUAAUGUUAUUCUCGGUCAAAUGCCAAAAAGAAUAAUAAUUGGGUUUGUGGACAAUAUUGCAUUCAACGGAAACGGAAGCAAAAAUCCUUUUAAUUUUCAAAAUUAUAAAACUAAUCAUCUUUCGCUUUAUGUUGAUGGUACUCAGAUACCUUCUAAACCACUACAGCCAUAA